UCGACCAUUGAACAGCAUAUCAAAACUAGGUAUAGUCUCCAACAAGCAUCCACGUUUCGUAAUAAAAACAAAACAUAUCCGAAGCAGAUGUGCCGGCAAAAUAUUUGAAAAGAAAGAAGAGUGUUAUUAAUGCCAUGCAUCGACGGCAUAUAGGAAAGAGUGAUCGUUCGCAGCAGAAAACAAAUGAAUCUAAUGAUGAGAACGAAAAAGAAGAAAUUGUCCAUGAACGUGAUUGCCGAUGUGAAAGACUGUCUCUUUACGGACGUUUAUGUGAGCGUCUUUCCUUUAUGAAAUAUGUGAUUUUGGUACUGAUAAUACCACCAAUUCUGAAUUUAGCUGCUUUAAAAAGAGAAAGUUUCGUACUUCUUCCCAAGCAAGGAGAACAAAUUGAUAUGGGGUGGGGUCAGAAGAUGUUUGUCAGCUGCUUAGGGGAAGGCCUUCCAGUAGUUAUUCUUGAUGCACCAACUGGAGGGACAUCUGAUGUGUGGUAUUUAGUUCAGGAAAAGCUAUCCAGAGUAUCAAAGGUUUGUGUUUAUGACCGUGCUGGACUUGGAUUCAGUGAUUUACCAUUUGUGAAUGAUAUGAACCAGAAAUCAAAAGUUGAAAACAGGAAAUUUGUUUCACAGGUUGCAACUUUAGAACAGAUGACAUGCGACCUUCAUCAUCUUGUAACAAAUGCAAAGCCAUUGCCACGUCCUUUCAUUAUGGUUGGUGCUGAAACUGGGGGUCUAAUUACCAGACAUUAUGCCAUGACAUAUCCUGAGGAUGUAAGUGACAUAGUUUUGGUUAAUCCCUUGGUAGAAGAUUUAUUUUGGCGUCAAAAAGAAGACUGGAAUAAUUAUUGGAAUCUGAAUUUACUACCAAUGUUGCAGUCUUUGCAAUUAUCAGCUUAUGCAGGUAUUUCUCGAAUAGCUGCUCUUACGGGUUAUUUAAAAUCAGACAUUGCAGGUCAUUCCAUUCCAAAGGAUGUGGAACUUAGACAGAUUUAUCAUUUAUGUAAUCCUAGUCACAUGAGUGCAGUUUUUCAAGAGCAUCUUAAUCUCAACACCAGCUUUUCUCAAAUGAAUGAAGUGUGGCAAACAAAGCCUUUUCCUAAGAAUAUAUCUGUGACUGUGGUAAACAGCGAAAAGUUUGAGAAAUUUCCUCCUUUUCUUCAAAAGGCAUGGCAGCAGUCUCAACUUUAUUUACGUCAAAGCCUCCAUCCAACAAGUAAACAUUAUGUAUUCGAUGGUUCCACUGAAGAACUCCUUAAUCAUCCUGAAAUUGUUGUCAGUAGAAUACAACAACUUAUUUACAGAUGGCGAGUUAAUUUUAACAUUUUUCCCACCGUUCAUACUUUCCGAGAGCAAGAAUCAUUAUCAGCCUAAUUUAUUUUAUAUAAAUAGUGUGUGAUUAUUUUUUCCCAUAAUAAUAAUAAAUUCAAUUUUUCCAUAUACAAUGAAACUUUAUUAUAUCAUCAUUAUUUAGUAAAACUAUGAAAUUUAAAUUUUGAUAAAAUAUUUGUGAUAUUUAGUCUUAAUAUUUUUUCAUCCUUUCCUGCAUUAUGAUUUUGCAGAAAUAUGAUGGCUACUAUGUAAUAACUACAAUUUGUAACAGCUAAUAUUAAUUAUAAAUUCCAGUAAUAUACCCCUGCUUUCAACAGUCUUCGAAACUAUAUAUAAUACUUAUUACAAAUUCAGUUAUAAUGUAUAGCUCCCAUUAAUAAAUAUAAGCUAUUUGUAAUGUGUAUGCACCACUUUGAACAUUUUCAUUUUUAUUCUGAGAAACCCUAAUAAAUAAAAAUUUUCCACAAUAAAGUUUUGCAAUUUAUCAAGCUAUGGAAGUGCUAUUGAAAUUGAAGAAUGUUGAACUUCUAUAGCAGUGUAGGCCAAAUCUCGUGUCAGUAAGAGCCGCACGUUUGAAUUCAGGAAUGUUCGAGGGUCACAUCUAGAUUUUCUAAAAGCACAAGUUUAUAUUUACAUCAUUAUAGAAGUAGUGAAGGAGGAUUCAAACAGAAAGAAUGGAAAAAGAGUCUAAACUAAUUAAUUACUUCCUCUUGGACACUAAAUAGUUUUAGUUUACCAUAUUUCAUACAUGUAUUUUAUAUGCAUAAUGAGUGGCACAAAUUGCCUAUGAGAAGCGUAUCAGGCUCGCAAGCCGCAGUUUGGCCACCCCUGCUCUAUGGAGUAAAUAGAUAUUUAUAUAUGAUUUAAAAAGAAUAAAAUUAUUUUUAAUCAA